AUGUUUGCGUUAACAGGGUUCAACACAAUCAAAUCUAGUUUCCUACAGAGACCAACUCUUGGGUUAACCAACUUACCAGUUUUACAACAACAAUUUGGUAAACGUUAUUCACAUGAAUUAGCACCAAGAUUUAAAAAAAUUCAAAAAGCUCAAAAAGGUAGAAUUCCAGUACGUACAGGUGGAUCUAUAAAAGGUUCAACUUUAAAAUUUGGUACUUAUGGAUUACGUUUAAAAAGUGAAGGUGUUAGAUUAAAAGCUAUUCAUUUAAAAGAAGCUGAUGUUUGUAUUAUGAGAAUGAUGAGACCUAUUGGUGGGAAACUUUGGAGAAGAUUAAGUACAAACAUUGCUAUUUGUAUUAAAGGUAAUGAAACUCGUAUGGGUAAAGGUAAAGGUGCUUUUGAUCAUUGGGCUGUUAGAGUUCCAACUGGGAAAAUAUUAUUUGAAAUUGCAGGUGCUGAAUUACAUGAAAAAGUUGCUCGUGAAGCUUUUAGAAAAGCUGCAACAAAAUUACCUGGAUUAUAUGAAGUUGUUACAAUAGAUCAUAAACCAAGAGUUGGUUUAGAUGCUUUUAAAGAUGAAAAAGAUACAAUUAAUUAUUUUGAAGAAGCUCAAAAAAAACCAUCAAAAGAAUUAUUAAAUAAAUUAAAAUCUCAAGAAGAAAUGUAUAAAUUAUAUAAAGGUCGUUAG